AAUGGCCAACCCAACCAAGAUUCCACUCUCUAUCUUCUUAGUUGUCACCGCUUUAUCUUCUGCUGACUCAUCUAGAAUCCUUCUCCAGGUCGUCCCACAACCUUUUGACCUGGUCAAUCCACCGGCUGCUGUAGGCCCAUUACUAAGUCCCAGCCCACAACAUCCUCUUGUCAUGGGCCUCACUACGAUGAUAUCGCCAGAUAGACCCGGCCCACAACCUCAGGUCUCUGUCAGCCCAUCAUCGAAUCCUACGUUAUCAUUCUUCAUGCAUGAUGUUUUGGGAGGGUCCCACCCAUCUGCUAGAGUGGUCACCGGAAUCACAGCCGAAUCGGAUACCGCCGCCGCCGACCUUCCGUUCUCCAAACCCAACAAGAACAUCUUUCCUCUCCCCGGUGGGGUCCCACUGAUCAACAAUAACAAAAAUUACAACAGUGGAAAAGUUUUGACCGCAGGUCAACUCACGGCCAUGGACGACGAGUUAACAGAAGGUGAAGAGUUGGGAUCUGCCGUUAUGGGAAGAGCACAAGGAUUCUACUUUGUUUGCUCUUCGGACGGCUCCAGCCAUACGAUAGCAUUCACCGUCGUAUUGCACCAACAUAAUCAAGACGACGGCAAGGAUGAGGAUACGAUAAGCUUCUUCGGGGUCCACCGGAGAGUGUCGCCGGAAUCGCCAAUUGCAGUGGUUGGUGGCACAGGAAAGUAUGAGAAGGCUGGAGGGUUUGCGGUGAUCGAGAAUCUCCGCCGUCGGGAGAACCAACACAUGACUGACGGAGAGGAUAUGAUUGUCCGUUUCAGUGUUUACCUCUCCUAAUCUCUUUUUUUUAGUGUCAAAUAAAUUAAGUUAUUUCAUGUAAUUUAUUUUAAUAGUGCUUUUUGAAUAGUAUAAAACAUUGAACUCAUUGUUAGAUGA